GUUUCUUCUCUCUGUCACAGUUUCUUCUUUAUUUCUUCUCCUUCCCUUCACUUCUAUUGCAGUUUUCAGAGAAGCGAAGCAGACUCUUUGUUCCUUGAAUCAAUAGCAUCAUAAAGAACCAAGCUUUUUGGCAUAUAACUACGAGCUGCAAGGGCUACUCCAAGGUUCUAGAGUUUGUUGUGUUAUCCUUGUUUCUUGUGUGGAAUCACUGCUACUUUGUAAAAACAAGGGCAAAGUUUAUCUGGCUUUGAUGGAAAUGGUUGGCAAGGAGGGUUUGAGAACUGGGGUGUUGAACUUGAGUUUUGGGAAGCUUAUGAUGGUUGGUGGUGGUGAAAAUAGUGGGAAAGGAGUGAACUUGAAAGCUGGGGUGAUCACUGAUUGGAAAGAUAUUCCAGUGGAGCUUUUGAUGCAAAUUUUGUCACUUGUUGAUGAUCAAACGGUGAUCAUAGCUUCUGAAGUUUGUCGUGGGUGGAGAGAGGCAAUUUGCUUUGGCCUUACCCGGUUGUCACUCUCAUGGUGUAGCAAGAACAUGAAUAACUUGGUCCUAUCCCUUACUCCUAAAUUUACAAAACUGCAAACUUUAAUCCUUCGUCAAGACAAACCUCAACUAGAGGACAAUGCUGUUGCGUCUAUUGCAAAUUUCUGUCAUGACCUGCAAAUCCUGGACCUCAGCAAAAGUUUCAAGCUCACAGAUCGUUCAUUAUAUGCCAUAGCCCUAGGUUGUUGGCAUCUUACAAAACUGAACAUUAGUGGUUGUUCAGCCUUUAGUGACAGUGCUCUGGCUUACCUAGCAAGUUUAUGCAGAGAGCUGAAAGUAUUGAAUCUAUGUGGAUGUGUUAAAGCUGCAUCCGACACUGCACUACAGGCAAUUGGACGUUACUGCAAUCAGUUACAGUCUUUGAACCUUGGAUGGUGUGAAAAUGUCAGUGAUGUUGGAGUAACGAGUUUAGCUUAUGGCUGCCCUGAUCUUCGAACACUUGACUUGUGUGGUUGUGUCCUUAUAACAGAUGACAGUGUAAUUGCCUUGGCAAACAGAUGUCCUCAUCUUAGGUCCCUUGGACUGUACUAUUGCCAAAACAUAACAGACAGAGCAAUGUAUUCUUUGGCACAAAGCAAAGUGAAGAAUAGAAUGUGGGGAUCUGUGAAAGGUGGAAAUGAUGAAGAUGGAUUAAGGACUUUGAACAUCAGCCAAUGCACAGCACUCACCCCUUCUGCUGUUCAGGCUGUGUGUGACUCAUCCCCUGCACUCCACACCUGUUCUGGAAGACACUCACUCAUCAUGAGUGGUUGUCUCAGUCUGACAUCUGUGCACUGUGCAUGUGCUGUCCAAGCACACCGUGGUAUCAGCACCAUUCCUAAUACAGCACAUUGAGCGACACUGGUUCAUGCAGAAACACACUUUGGAGAAGUUCACUUGAAGGGUUCAGAGUUUUAGGUCUUUUGCAUUAGUUUUAGUUUAUGUUGAAUGUUGCAUCAUUUCAUGUUUAUUGUAGAACAGGUUGAACUUGGUGCUUGAGCUGUUGUUCAUAUCUGGAUUUCAUGUGAAAAGCUUAGGAUAUUUUGGGUGUAAAAAUGGGGUUUGUUCCUAGCUUGGCUAUGAAUUAAUGGUGAGAUAGACUCUUACUAUUGCAUCCUUUUAUGCAAGGAUGCUUGUUUUUUCUUCUUGAAGUUGAGAAAUAUUAGGUAAGUUGAGUUUUACUUGAUUCA